GAGAGUUUCUCACUCCCGCGUUUUCAGGAAAAUACGUAAGUUGAAAGCUAAGGGCAAGAAGAAACUGAUAACAUACCAGCAUUAGUUUGACAUCUUCGUAUGUGUACACCUGAACACAAAGAGUUCUCGCCCAAAAAGAAUCGGACAUUGUAUUUUUGGAGUGAAGCAGCUAGGCCACUUCAGAACAGUAUAUUACAUGGCAUAGGAAAGAAAGAAACACAAUGGAUGCUAAAAAGUUGGGACCACCCGCAAAGAAAGCCAGAAAUGACUUUGACGAUGAGGACCCAGCAGGUUUUGAGGAUGAGCUGGCAAUGUUUGAUGAAAUGGAAAAUGAAAUGAAGGGAGAUGUUGACAUGGCAGAUGUUGCAGGUGAUGGUCCAGACAAUGUGGCAACCAGUACAAAGUGGUCUCGACCUCUGGCUCCAACUCUUGACCCCCGAAAAGACAGUGUGACCUUUCAGCAGAUGGAUGUGGAUUAUUAUGUUGGUAAACACAUGCCAGGUAUGCCUGGAUGUACGAGCGGGCCAGUACCUAUCAUUAGGAUGUAUGGUGUGACAAUGGAGGGACACUGUGUACUUGCCCACAUGCACGGCUAUGCACCUUACUUCUUCGUCCCUGCUCAGCCAGGCUUUAAGAGUCAGGAUUGUGAUGCUUUCAGGAAGGAACUCGACACUGUUGUUAUGAAGGACCUGAGGUCUAACCGAGAGGGUUUACAGAAUGCUGUGCUGGCUGUCGACAUGGUCAACAAGGAAAGCAUCUAUGGGUACCAUGGCAACAGAAAAGUGCCAUUUCUGAAGAUCACCGUUUCCCUUCCUCGUUUAAUUGCGCCAGCCAAGCGAUUGUUGGAGCAGGGAUUUACUUGCCCAGGCUAUUUACAGUAUGGAUACCAGUCAUAUGAAAGCAACAUAGACUUUGAAGUUCGCUUCAUGGUAGACAGUGAUGUGGUUGGCUGUAACUGGAUUGAAGUUCCUGCCAGUAAAUACCAGCUGCGAGACCGAAGGAACUCGUCAAACUCCGACAUCCGUCACCCUCCACACACUUCACGGUGCCAGGUUGAGCUGGACGUGUCUUGGGAAGACUUCAUAUCUCAUGCUCCAGAUGGAGAAUGGUCGAAGGUAGCGCCCCUAAGGAUCCUCAGUUACGACAUAGAAUGUGCUGGUAGGAAGGGAAUCUUCCCGGAGGCAAACAAGGAUCCGGUAAUACAGAUUGCAAACAUGGUGAUCAGGCAGGGUGACCAUGAACCAUUUAUUAGGAAUGUGUUCACCCUCAACACCUGUGCUCCAGUCAUAGGAUCACAAGUCCUGUGUCACAUGAAGGAAGCUGACAUGUUAGAGAGAUGGGCAGCAUUUGUACGAGAGGUGGACCCAGACAUCAUCACUGGUUAUAAUAUCCAGAACUUUGACACCCCUUACCUUAUCAAUCGGGCCAAUCAUCUCAAAGUGAAGGACUUCACAUUCCUAGGACGUAUCCGAGACAUCAAGUCAGUUAUAAAGGAGUCAACUUUCCAGAGUAAACAGAUGGGCAAGCGUGAAAACAAAGUCGUCAACAUAGAAGGACGCACACAAUUAGAUCUCUUCCAGAUUGUUUUGAGGGACUACAAACUGAGGUCGUAUUCCCUAAAUGCUGUCUCAUUCCACUUUCUACAAGAGCAGAAAGAAGAUGUGCAACACUCCAUCAUUACAGACCUGCAAAACGGUACAGACCAGACGCGGCGUCGUUUGGCAGUGUACUGUCUGAAGGAUGCCCUAUUACCUAUACGUCUCCUAGACAAACUCAUGUGUGUCAUCAACUACAUAGAAAUGGCCAGAGUGACAGGGGUGCCCCUACCCUACCUCCUGUCUCGGGGACAACAGAUCAAAGUCAUAUCACAGCUACUGAGAAAGGCUAAAGAACAAGACCUGGUGCUUCCAACACAGAAAAUAGAGGUCGGCGAUGAGUAUGAGGGUGCUACUGUUAUAGAACCAAACAAGGGAUACUACGACUUGCCCAUAGCCACACUAGAUUUCUCAUCCCUGUAUCCGUCCAUCAUGAUGGCUCACAAUCUGUGUUACACCACACUGCUCAGCCAGCACGCCAUAACGAAAGAAGGACUGUCUCCGGAGCAGUAUAUCAAGACACCCUCAGGAAAUCUUUUUAUCAAGGCCCAGCACAGGAAAGGCCUUCUCCCAGAAAUUCUGGAGCACCUGUUAGGUGCUAGGAAAAAAGCUAAAGCUGACCUAAAGAAAGAGACAGAUCCCUUUAAGAAAAAGGUGUUAGAUGGUCGUCAGCUUGCCUUGAAGAUAAGUGCCAACUCGGUGUAUGGAUUUACUGGAGCUCAGGUCGGCAAACUGCCUUGUCUUGAAAUAUCACAGAGUGUGACUGCCUUUGGGAGGACAAUGAUUGAGCAGACUAAGAACUAUGUGGAGGAGAAAUACACCAUUGCUAAUGGCUACAAACAUGAUGCUAAGGUUGUGUAUGGAGAUACAGACUCUGUGAUGUGUAAGUUUGGUGUGGAGACUGUGGCGGAGGCCAUGGAACUAGGACUAGAGGCAGCUUCCUUUAUCUCAGAAAAAUUUGUCAGCCCAAUCAAACUAGAAUUUGAAAAGGUUUACUUUCCAUAUUUACUAAUCAACAAAAAGCGUUAUGCGGGAUUGUACUGGACAAACGCGGAGAAACAUGACAAGAUGGACUGUAAGGGUAUAGAGACAGUGAGACGAGAUAACAGUCCUAUAGUGGCCAACCUCAUCAACACCUGUCUCCAGAUGCUCCUCAUAGACAGAGACCCAAAGGGAGCUGUGGAAUAUGCGAAACAGACAAUAUCUGACCUGCUGUGUAACAGGAUAGAUAUUUCACAGCUGGUCAUCACCAAGGAACUCACGAAGACCGAUGACGAGUACUCGGCAAAACAGGCCCACGUAGAACUGGCAAACAGAAUAAAGAAAAGAGACCCAGGCAGUGCCCCUCAACUUGGAGACAGAGUCCCUUAUGUCAUUAUUGCCGCAGCAAAAAAGACAGCAGCUUACAUGAAGUCUGAGGACCCUAUAUAUGUCCUGGAGAACAACAUCCCUAUUGACACACAGUAUUACCUGGAGAACCAGCUAUCCAAGCCUCUUCUCAGGAUUUUUGAACCAAUUCUUGGCGAGAAGAAAGCAGAAUCUGUCCUUUUACGUGGAGACCAUACCCGUACGAAAACUACGGUUACAGCUAAAAUUGGUGGCCUAAUGGCAUUUGCUACCAAAAAGGAGAAAUGCAUUGGCUGUCGAACAGUACUGGAUGACAAAUCUGCAGUGUGUAAGUACUGUAAACCUAAGGAGUCUGGUAUCUACCAGAAGGAGGUGUCCCAUCUUGGCAUGCUAGAGGAGAAGUUCUCACGCCUGUGGACGCAGUGUCAGCGCUGUCAGGGCAGUCUGCAUGAAGAUGUGUUGUGUACCAGUCGAGAUUGUCCUAUAUUCUACAUGCGGAAGAAAGUGCAAAAAGACUUAGCUGACCAAGACAAACUGAUGACAAGAUUUGGUGUUCCUACAUGGUGACAAGAACUCUUCAGGGGAUAUGAACUAUCAGUGUCUCAACAGUCAGAAGUGAUGUUAUCCAAGUUUGUUGUCAGUUGCUGAUUUAGAAGUGGCAUAAUUGUUGGAAUAACAUUUUUCUAGAUGUCAUGAUAUUCUGACAACCAGCAAUGAAGAAAUGGACUGAUGAAAAGCUGGUUUUGAAAUCAGCCUUGUGCAGAUUUAUUUUUGAUAUACAAUGUACCAGAAAACAAUCUGGAUACAUGGACUCGUUUUGUGAUAUACCAGAACAAAUAAUAUGGCUCUAUAAACUUUCAAUUUGUUGAAAAUCUUCAAAGUGUCAAUAAGAAUGGGGGUAACAAGGAUAGAUACGAGAGAAAUCCAGACAUAGAACCUGAACUUGUGAUUUCUUCUUGUCUAGUCGUAAGUUUGGUUCACAUGAUUGAUUUGUUUAUAUAUAUUUGCAUGCUGAAACUUGACUGACAAAUCUCUAUUAACCCUUUCACCCCUAUGCAACUUGAGUAAACUAUACUAUACAUUGAUCUGGAUGAGCCCAUUAUGGUCUACAGUGGUGAAAGGGUUAAUCAGGUCAUACUUAAAAGAGAAGCCAUCAUACCAAUGCAAUCAUUGAAUCACUCAGAGUAGAAUUUCUGUAAAACGUCCUAAAGCUCUCAAAUCUAGUACUUGUACUUGUAUUUCAUUGUUUAAUGGAGGCAGCUCUUUCAUUCUCUUCUUGCGUAAUCUAUCACGUUUAGUUUUCAGAUUUUGUUUUCAUGUACCCAUCCUUUGUUAUUAGACACAGAUAUUACUUCUCCUUUGCAUUGUCAAACAUAUACAUAAAUAGCAUGUACAAUCAAGGCCAGGUGGAUCAACAAACUACAACUGUCAGGGAUUUUGUCGUACCGUAUUGUGCUCACGCUGACAAAUAUUUACUCUCUGUACAUAAAUAGCACACAUUGCCAACACUUCAGUAAGUUAUCAUUGCUGGCUAUCAUUCAAAAUUGUCAACGUAACGUCAUACUUUUACACGUUUACAAGAAAUCUUACUAAUUCAAUCUAAUUUUCAAUUAAUAAGUAUUGAUUUAAGUCAUAUUUGUGUACCUCUAUAAAAUGUGAUGACAGGAAUGGGUUGCUGUGAUAUGUACACUGUAGGGGUGGGUUCCUUUUUAUCAGGACACAUUUGUCUUUCAUAUCAGGGAUGCCUCUUUACCUACUGAUUGAAUUGUUUAUUUUUUCAUUACAAGUCAUUUUUACUUGAGAGAUCACUCUUUCAAACUGUUUCUGCGCGAAGUCAAAUCCAGAACUGACAACUCUGUAUUAACUCAUUCACCCCUGAAAUUUCAGGAUGAACUAUUCCAACAAUUGAAUUGGAAGAGUUCAAAUGUGUCGUCAGGGGUGAAUGAGUUAAGGGUCCAAUGCUCUGUUGGGUGAGCUGAAGAAAUAAUAUCUAUAAGCCACCAAAUGAUUCAUCAAUUUGACUUUGUUUUUCUCAAAAAUAAACUACCUUUUUCAGGAUUUAAGGUCUCUUCCUUUUAAAAUUCCUUGACCUUCCACCAGAGUGAUUGUUGCUGUCAUUUAUGAAAAAAUGCUGUAUACCAGGGCAUUUUCGCCUUUUUCUCCCUCCGUAAUGAGGCCCAAUGUAUCAUAAGUAACAUAGUUACCAAAUGUGAAGGGAGAAAAUAACACCGAGCAAAUAUGUAUUUUACUGGCAUUGGGCAAAACAUUCCCAGUAUGCAGUAUUUGCCUCAGUUACCCGGUAUAUAACAAAGCAUCAGUCAAAUAAUCUACAAACAAGUCUGAGUGCAUGAAAGGAUAUUUAAACAAAACAAUAGUAAUCCAUAAUUAGUAUGAUAUACUUCGAUAACUUGAAAAAUAAUUGGAUGAGGAUUCCCAGGGUAUUCAUACCUAAUGAAUCAAAAUAUUUCAGUGUUUCCUUGUGCACUGACAAAUCAAUGAGGAAGAACAUGGUCAUGCUUUGCCAAACAUGGGUUUAUUGAUUUAUUGAUUUAUUGAUUUAUGAAUUGAUCAAACCAGGAGAAAAGUUGAUAAAUUGUGAAAUUAAGUGCUCUAGUAUUAAAUUAUUAACCACAUUGACAAUAACUGCACUAUAAUCUAAGGCUAAUCCAUAUAUGAAUAUAAAAUAGGGAAGGGGGCAUUUGUAAUUGAUGAUUAAUGUGGGUCUUAUCUAUAAUAAGUGCUUGUAUAGUACUAGUAAGCUUCAGGGGGAAAAGUUACUGUGGCUGCUCACAGAAAAGUGCCUACUUACCUGUACAUGUGAUAUAUUUAUGGAAUAGUCCUUAAAUUAUUACCAUAAAUAUAAAAGCUUUUUUUGCAAAUUAGAAUUUAUGUUUAGAAAAGGCAGUUUAUUUGUAAUUAGGAAGAGUGUUUAAUGGACCAAAAUAAAAGGUGAUGAUCGAUCCCGGAUCAUGAGGUAAAAGUCUUGCCUAUUGAUUUCUACAGUUAUGUAUUUUACAUGUAUUGACACUUGAGAACUUAAGCUUUUAAUCUCAUCAGAGGGCUGUAAUUUUAGUAGGUAAAAUCCUUUACUCUCUGCUUGAAUGGCCAGUGAUUGUAUACCAUAUAGGUAAUUAAGAACAUUAUGAUUGAGAGACGAUGCUAAAUUAAAUUAUGAAUGCCAUUGAUCUUAGUUGUACAAAUAAUAACCAAAAAGUAUUUUUUCUUCGCAUAAUUUUUUUGAAACAAGUUAAAGCUGACAGUACAAGUUAAAAAGCUUUCAAUUGAGAUUAAAAAAACCUGAUUUUUUGUUUCUGGUUUUGAGAUCUUCCCUAGUGUCAGCUUUAACUAUGGUCAAUAAAGUGCUCAAAUGUU